GCGAAAACUCGUGGUGUUGUGAAUUUUUCUGGGUCAAAGGUUGAGAAAAAUAUCCGCAUGAACAUUGUAUUGAAUAUUUCAAUUGUAGAUACAGCUGCACUCGUAAUUCUGUACUUACGAAGUUAGUUUUAGUUGUGAAUGUGUUCAUUAGGCGUUCGCAAUUCCUUACGAAUGUGUGGCUGACAUCUACUGUGAUUUGAAAUAGUGAAAACUACGAGAAGCCAAUUCAAUCUGUUAAACAUAGUUCUGUGGUAGUUUACCACUGUCGCAACUGCUGAACUGAGAAGUUGCUACCAGCUACGGUAUGUCCGAGCAAGAAAGGGCUGCUCGCGGAAGACGAGCCAAUGAAAUCAGGCUAAAUGCUAUACGACAAAAAGUGGAAAGAAAUGCAGUUGAAAAAUCGCAAAUAAAGAAUUCUCUUAUUACAUUGGAUGGCGAGAAUAAAUCAUCCACACAUAUAAGGUUUUCAGACUCCGAUGACAGUGAUAGUGCGACGAUUGAAGGAAAAAAAUUAAAACCAAAAAAACGAAAUUUUGAUGAUGUUCUGGGUUUUGUUGAUGGCGAUUCAUCAGAAAAUGAAAUAGAAAUUAAACCUCAAUUUCAAGGAAAACAUGGAGAAAAAUUACUUGAGCUACAAUCUGGAUAUGGUAAUGAUAAAAGGUUUAAGUUGGAUAAAAGAUUUGCUGAAGAACACAGUGAUAAUGAUGAAGGAAUUGAUAUAGCUUUUUCUGUCAAGAAGGAUACUGAAGUUCAACAGAAUCUGAAAUUGUUGAAUCAAGUCAUUGGUCGCAAUGUUACCGAUGACAAAUCUAAAAAGAAAUCUGAAAAAUUUAUUGACGUAUCUUCAAGAAGAUAUGAUCCAUUCAAGGGUGAACAUUUGGAGGUCAAGCCUGAAAAGAAAGAGAUCGCGCCACCAAAAAAGAAGAAAAAGAAAAAAAGAGAAGAACCAGCAGUACCUGUUACAGAAGUUGAUCCGAAUAGGUUCUAUGAAACGUCUACAACUGUUCUAAAAGAUGCAUUUGCCUCUAAGUCAGAUCAUAAAGAAGUGGAUACAACUGCUAAACAGGAGUCUGAGCCAUUUUCAUUUCUUGCUAUGUUGGGAAGAAAUAAUGACAAUGAUGAAGAAAAUAUAAAUAAUGAUAAGCCAUAUGAAGAAAUGGAUGUGGAAGAUUCUCGUUUCCGUAUGAAUUCGUCAAUGAAGAAAGAUAUGCCAACAUUAAUGAGUAAAUUUCGGUAUGAUAGCAGUGAUACUGAGGAGGAAAUAGAAGAUACAAACGAGGAUGAAAUUAAUGAAAACAAUUUCGAAGAAUUAAAAGAAUCUAAUAUAUCAACUGAAAAUUUAAAAUCAAAUUUUCAACAUCCGAGUACAUUCUUUAUGACGUCACCUUCUGAUACUCGUAUUACAGAAGGAAUCAAAUUAUUUUGUUGGAAUAAAUCAUUUGAACAAGUUCGGAACGAGUGGUUGGAAGUCAAAGAUACUUUAAUAAAGGAUUAUAAAAAGAAACAUCGAGAUGCGAAACGUAAAGAGAAAAAAGCGAAAUAUGAAUCUAAACUUAUUGCUUCUACAACAAGUGAAACGUGAUAUUGGUUGAGAUUCCACUCUAGACAUCCAAAGGCGGAAUCGACUGUGUGAGGGUUAUUAGAUUCCUAAAUUCAAUGGACAGAGUGGUGUGGUUUGCUGAAUAGAAAGCUGAAUGUAGUCUGCAACAUUUGGUGUUGUAUGGGACCGUUUUCAGGCUAUGCUUUAUGCUUUGCAAAAGCAAAUCUAAGCAUUAUACUUGGAAUCUUAAAUAAGUUAAUUAAUUUCAUAUUCUACCUUUGGGAAAGUUUCCAGAACUUCAAACGAGGUCAUUUCCCCAAUAUGCCAAAUAUGAGUUGAAUGACAGUUUGCCAUGAAACAAUGCAUGGGUACAGCAUCUUCUUUCUGUAUGUAUUCUGAGGUCUGUGGAAUGAUUCCUGGUAUUGUUACUUCCCUCCUUCCUUCCUUUUGUAAACCUUUCUUGAUUUUUUGUUGCCAUGGAGAGCUUGAUGGGAAAAAUUUCCAAACAUAUUGUUGGGAAGAUGGUUGAAAAAGAAAUACACAAGUUGGUGCUCUUUUAUUAAAAAAAGGUGUUUUGACCAGGUAGCUUUGCCAAAUUCGCACAUGUGUUCAUUGGGAUUCUUUGCCAUUCUGUAAAAUAGGUAACCGGCUCAGUAGUCGCCGAAUGUCAUGAUAUGAAAGGUUUAUUGUAGAGCGUGUUAACAUAUUCGGAGUGAAAAGUAGAAAACCAAGAGAUGUAUUGCAUGGUCGCCUGAGUGAUUAGCGUCUAUAGAGUUUUUAUCAAUCGAAGAUUUCGUUUUUUGUAACACUGGUUUUCUCUGGCAAUGACUAGAACGGAGAUUGCUAAACUUUUCAAUCAGUUGGUCAAAAGUCUUUAUUUUUUAUUGUGGUUGUGAGUCGUAGAUAUUCAAAUUCUGUAUCAAUGACAAAUUUGCUGUUGCAGCUUCUCUGCAAGUA